AAUUUUUUUUAUCCAAUCAUCAGUAAAAGAAUAAAAGGAAUGAAAACAUUGCAUUGCCAUUUUAGAUUGAGUAUAAAGGGAAAAAAAACAUUACUAUUAUUAUAAGAUAGUUAACAAUAGGGGCUUUAUGCAAAACUCAAGAUCUUUGUACUAAACUAAAUCAAAUUUUAUGAUGUUUCAAUUUUACUAAUUAUAAUUACAUUUCAUAUCUCUGUUAUCCAACUCAAGUUUUGCAAAAGAGAACUUAGAUCAUAGCCAUCAAGAAUAUAGACUUACCUUAGAUAACUGGAGCCAUUAAAUAAUAAGUCAGCAGUUUCUUAAAGUUACAACCCUCUGAAAUGAGCCUGAUAUUUUACACACAGCUGUAGAUGAGUAUCAGUAUUUGAGCAACACAAAUGGAACGCUACAGAGAGACUGAUCCCCUUGAUCGUCCCCUUUUUGGAGCCCCAUCAUCAGUUGAUCGUGUUGUGAACCUUGUAAUUGGCACAGUAACUGGUAUAAUAGUUCUGGUUACUUUGAUAAGUGCCUUUGUAUUUCCUCAAUGGCCACCAGAUGGAGUCAAUGUGUUUUUUGCACUAGUCAUUGUUCUCAUUUGUGCAUCGCAUUUAGUUUUGGUGUACUGGUAUCGCUUAGGAGAUCUUGAACCAAAAUUUCGAACCAUGAUUUUCUACAAUGCUUUCACUAUUGUGUUGCUUUGUGUUGUAGGCAAUCUGUAUAUACAUGGGGUUGCUAAACGAAGUCAAAAAGGAUGAAAUUUUAACAAGAGUUUUAUCUAUUUUAAUUAUAUUUAUAAUCUGUUUUGAACAUUGUAUUGCCAUAGUAAAUUUCUGCUUAUAGAAGAUUUCUUUUGAAUGAAAACGUUUAAGAAAAUGUAAAAAUAUAACCUCAGCAAUUACAUUAAUUGUGUAGUUUGAAUGCAUUAAAUGAAAUCAAAGCUUUUUUGAAGUUUUGUUUGGGCUAGUCUUUCAAGUGAAAAAUUCAAAUUUCUUCAGAGUCCUACUUAUUUUAAAAAUAUGUAUUAAUAUUUAACUGACUUCACCAGUGGUUACUGCUCAGUAUUAUUUAUUGGUUCCCUUUUAUGACUGAAACACAAUUAUUGUAAAAAUAUUGUUUUUGUUUAAAUCAAAAACAGAAUUGUAAAUAAAUAAAGCAUGUAAAAUGUUCAUUAAGACAAAGCCAUUUAGAUAACUCUGUUUUGUCAUUUAUAGAAAUAUUUUUAAUGUUUACAAAAUGAUGUUUAAUUAAACCUAAAUAAUGCAUUAAUAUUAGCAGGUACAUAGAAACUUGACCAGUUGUAUUACUGCACUUAUAAUGAAAUCAUAGCAGAUGUCUUUUUUGCAACUGUGAUUGCAAAUACAAGCUAAUUUAAAAAACAUUAAAAUUGUUUUAGAAAAUAAUUGUUUUAACCUACAAUAAAUAUUUAUCACUUGAAUUUAAGAUGUAUAUUGUAUAUAUAUAUUAACCUCAUUAUCUGAAGCAUAUCGACAUAUAUUUCCGUCAUGAUAUCAGAUUGACAUUGUGUAUUGUAUUAUUGUUAAUAGCAUGGAAAAUUAUUCAGGAAAACUGACAUAUUGCUGUCACACUGGACAAGUGAUGAGUAUACUUGAAGUAUUCUACUGAAAAAAUGACAAUGUGCAAAAAUACUUGUGAAAAUAUACGCAGCUUUUGCUGUAUAAUCUGAAUUAUAAAAAGAUUUUAUUUGUUGUGGUAAAUAUGUAAUUUAAGUAUGUGCAAAUGUUCAAUGAGUGACAUGACAAUGAACUGUCUUUUUAUAUUAACUUGUCUUUACAAAUGCUUUUCACAACUAAGUAUCAUUUGUGGCAAGUGAAAAAUUAUUUUUAUUAUUGUAAACUAAUUGUUAAUGUUGCCUGUGAAAUUUUUUUUUAAGUCGCAUUAAACAUAUGCCAACUCUU